AUGGCCGAGGAGACCUUCCCCUUCACCUCGUCCACUCUGCGGGCUCUCCGCCUGCAGCGGGAGUGGCUAGAGUGGGAGGACCGGCGGCGGGCUGCGGCCCAGCAGUGCCGGAGCCAGAGGUGCCCCCCCAGCGCCCGGGCCCGACUCACCAGGCCGCGCCGCUGCUGCCGAGACCCAGCCGUGCACAACGCUCUGUUCUCCGGUGACCUGCAACAGGUCCAAGCCCUGUUCCAAGAGGAAGAUGCUGCCAACAUGAUUGUGGAGACUGUGAGCAACCAGCUGGCCUGGUCAGCUGAACAGGGGUUCUGGGUGCUGACCCCCAAGACAAAGCAGACAGCGCCCCUCACUAUCGCUGCCAGCCGAGGCUACACGGACUGUGCCCGCCACCUGAUCCGGCAGGGAGCUGAGCUGGAUGCCCGGGUUGGGGGGCGGGCAGCCUUGCAUGAGGCCUGCGCCCGGGCCCAGUCUGACUGUGUGCAGCUGCUGCUGACCUUCGGUGCCAAGGCCAACGUGUUGUCCGAGGAGGGCACAACCCCCUUGCACCUCUGUACAGCGCCUGAGUCCUUGCUGUGCGCCAAGCUGCUGCUGGAGGCGGGAGCGACUGUGAACAUGGCGGCACAGGACAGCGAGGUGACCCCCCUGCACGUGGCAGCGGCUCGCGGCCUGGAGGAGCACGUGGCUCUCUACCUAGAGCACGGAGCCAACGUGCACCUGCGCACCAGCCAGGGCGAGACCGCCCUGAACGCCGCGUGCGCGGGGGCCGAGGGCCCGGGCAGCGGCCGACAGCACCAUGCGGCCGCGCGCCGGCUCCUAGCGGCCGGGGCUGAUCCCCGCGCUGCCGGCCGCAAGCGCCACACGCCGCUGCACAACGCCUGUGCCAAUGGUUGCGGGGCCCUGGCCGAGCUGCUGCUGCGCCACGGCGCCUGCGCUGGAGUGCCCAAUGCAGCGGGCCACACGCCCAUGGACUGUGCCCUGCAGGCCGUGCAGGACGCCCCCAACUGGGAGCCCGAGGUCCUCUUCGCUGCGCUGUUGGACUACGGGGCCCAGCCUGUGCGCCCGGAGAUGCUGAAACACUGUGCUAACUUCCCUCGGGCCCUGGAAGUCCUGCUCAAUGCCUACCCUUGUGUCCCCUCCUGUGAUACCUGGAUGGAUGCAGUCCUCCCAGAGCUGUGGCAGGAGCACGAAGCCUUCUACAUCUCAGCCCUGAGCAUGGCGAACCAGCCGAGGCGGCUGCAGCACCUGGCCCGGCUGGCUGUGCGUGCUCAGCUGGGCAGCCGCUGCCGACAGGCCGCUGCCCACCUCCCCCUGCCCCCUGUCCUCAGGGACUAUCUGCUGCUACGUAUUGAGGGGCGUAUCCAGUGA